GGUUUCUCGUUGAGCAGUCACUGACUAUAGUAUAAUUCACCCCACAAGCACUUCGAUAAUCCAUCUUGAAACUAUAAAUCAAUCCCGCUGCAGGGUACCAGGUAUGUGUGACAACAGAGCUGAAAAUAGAAUCACAGUGGUAUCCUGGGCGCAUCCCCGAAGGCCUCAGUCACCGCCCAAGAGAAUCAAGCUUCAGGACCCUCCAAGCGGGCAGCCAUUAAAUACCAACCAGGCCAUAUGCACGCCUGCCCAUUCUUUGAUCUUGUUUCCCUCAGAACAAGAUGGAUUCUCAACUCACCCUCGUAGACAACAUAAUCCUUCCAGAACGUGAAGCCAGCACCGUCCUAACAUUCACUCGUGAUAGUCUACUGAAUUCCACGUUACACCUUCGUGGAACCAGUCGUGUUGCAUACGUGAUACAAACUAAUAACCAUUCAACACGCACCGAGAUACGGAAAAUCAUUCCCGGCAAUGACGAAUCUCCUGUUGUUGUCAGGAUCGAUCGAAGCGAUCUCCUAGCGGACAAGAUCACCUUCACGGGCAUUCCCUCAAUGAAGAUUAGCCAAUGGCUCAAGAGCAAGAAGUUCACAGAUCCAUACGCCUCUUCCACUACCAAUAGCGCACCAAUGAGAUACGUCUGGAAACCUACUAGUGCCAGUGAGAUUGCACUUUACAGAGAAGACAUACCUUUCCGGCCGAUCGUGUGGUUCAGGUCCUCGUUACGCUCAGUUGAACCCGCGUAUCUCGCCCUCCAACCAGAAGCAGAAAGUCUACAGGAUGUCGUUCUGGCUUCUUUGGUAAUUGUCGAGCAGCGUUAUCGGGUGAAGGAUAGAAUGGCUUCUGGACGACCGUCUUCUUCCAUACUGGGCAACGCAGCGUGUAUCUUGUUAUCCGAACGAGCCCGUUGGCAUCUCAAGUUAUCAGGGGCAUAGAGCAAAGAUAGGUUCCACACCCGUGCAUCCUGCCGAUCACGUAGCACAGUGACAGUUCGUCGGCAAUUGCAAAUGAAUCACAGAACCUCCUUCCCCUGGGAUCUUUAUUCCAUUUCGUCCAAUGGAAUACGUACACGUAGCAAAGUCGGACUUCGCUGAAGUGUACAUCUUACAGGUCUUCAGCAGAGACAUUCAAUGCUGCCCUGAUAGCUAAUGGUGCGGCCAUUGUCGAACGUCGGACUUUGCGAACAUUCACCGGAAACUUGAAGUAAAUAAGGUACGCGAUUCCCAGUGUUCCAGGCAUUUAUUGUAGAGCUUAGUGCAUAAUCGUGUAAUUCGUCUACGAAGGAUGCUCAUUUAGCAUUAC